UUCAGGCUCUGUACACGACGCAAAGUCGGUUUACGUUAGGUAACGAUGACAACAUCAGGGUCCUUGGAUCGAAUGGAACUCUGCGAAAGCCUCUUGACAUGGAUCCAGACAUUUGGAGUGGAGGCUCAAUGCAAGACAGUAGAGGACUUGACGAGCGGAAUCGUCAUGGCCCAAGCACUACAGAAAAUAGAUAUAGUGUAUUUCAAUGACUCUUGGAUUAGUAGAAUCAAACCAGAGGUUGGGGACAACUGGAGGUUAAAGAUCAGCAAUCUCAAGAAAGUUCUGAAAGGUGUCCUAGACUAUAACCAGGAGAUCCUCGGCCAGCACAUUAAUGACUUCACACUACCCGAUGUCAACCUUAUUGGGGAACACUCGGAGCCUGCGGAACUUGGGAGGAUGCUUCAACUUAUACUGGGCUGUGCUGUCAACUGUGAACAGAAACAAGAAUACAUCCAGACCAUAAUGAUGAUGGAGGAGUCAGUGCAGCACGUUGUCAUGACAGCCAUCCAAGAGCUGAUGAGUAAAGAGACUCCAGUGAUGGGAGGAAAUGACUCAUAUGUGGAUCUAGACAGACAGCUGAAGAAGACAGCAGAGGAGCUGAAUGAUGCUUUAUCCACCAAGGAAGAGAUUGCCCAGAGGUGCCGUGAGCUUGACAUGCAGGUGGCAGCCUUGCAAGAGGAGAAGAGCAGUUUACUAGCAGAAAACCAGGUCCUGAACGAGAGACUUAACCAGUCCGACUCCAUAGAGGAUAUAAACAGCCCUGCAGGACGCAGACAUCUCCAGCUGCAGACACAACUGGAGCAACUACAGGAAGAAACUUUCAGGUUGGAGGCAUCAAAAGAUGACUACCGGAUCCGUUGUGAAGAGCUUGAAAAAGAACUUGUGGAUGUGAAGUCACAGAAUGAAGAGCUUGCGUCUCUGGCUGAUGAAGCCCAGUCUCUCAAGGACGAGAUGGAUGUUCUCAGGCAUUCAUCAGACAAGGUGUCAAAGCUGGAGGGCACAGUGGAACACUACAAGAAGAAACUGGAGGACAUGGGACUUCUCAGGAGACAGAAUAAGCUUAUGGAGGAGAAGAACACAGUGUUAAUGCAGGGCAAUGUCAGUUUGGAAGAGGAGCUACGAAAGGCCAAUGCUACUAAGGGCCAGCUGGAGACUUACAAGAGACAGGUGGUUGAACUUCAGAAUAGACUGUCGGAAGAGUCUAAAAAGGCCGACAAGAUGGAGUUUGAGUACAAACGUGUCAAGGAGAAGGUGGACUCUCUACAAAAAGAAAAAGAUCGUAUGCGUACGGAGAGAGACUCUCUGAAGGAGACUAUUGAAGAGCUACAUUGUGUCCAAGCCCAGGAGGGACAGCUUACAUCAGGCUUGUUCCCGAUGGUCAGUAACGACGGCUCGGACUCCCUGGCUGCUGAGAUCACCACCCCAGAGAUUCGAGAACAUCUGAUCCGUCUGCAGCAUGAGAACAAGAUGCUGAAGCUGGCCCAGGAGGGAUCAGACAAUGAGAAGAUUGCGCUGUUGCAGAGUUUACUGGAAGAUGCCAGCAGAAGAAAAAACGAACUGGAGACAGAAAACAGGUUAAUCAAUCAGCGCCUGAUGGAGGAACAGAGUCAGGUAGAGGAGCUACAGAAGAAUCUUCAAGAAGAGGGUUCCAAAGCAGAUGAUUCUUCCAUCCUGAAGAAGAAAUAUGAGGAGCACAUGGAGAAACUACGAGAGUUGAACAAUGAGCUACUGAAGAAGAACGCCUUCAUCGACGAAAUGGAGCCCAAAUACACCACCAGCUCUCAACGUGUGGAGGAGCUGGAAGACGCCUUAAAGAAGAAAGAUGAAGACAUGAGGCAGAUGGAGGAAAGAUAUAAGAAAUACCUGGAAAAAGCCAAGAGUGUUAUCCGGACCCUGGACCCCAAGCAGAACCAGGGUUCAGGUCCAGAAGUCCAGGCCCUCAAAAACCAGCUGCAGGAGAAGGACAGGAUGCUGCAUUCAUUGGAGAAAGAGAUGGACAAGACAAAAACCCAGAGAGAUUACGAGGAGAAACUGAUCGUGUCAGCCUGGUACAAUAUGGGUAUGUCUCUGCAGAAGAAGGCGGCUGAAGACAGACUUGCUAACACCGGUUCUGGUCAGUCCUUCCUGGCCCGGCAGAGACAAGCCACCAGCACACGCCGCUCCUAUCCGGGUCACGUCCAGCCAGCUACCGCAAGGUAGAUGGCUGCAGGGCAGAAAAAUGUUGCGACAAACUACCUAACAAAUCCCCUGAACUUACAUACAAUAGAUGUGCCUUCUUUUGAGGCCCACUAUUUGCAUUCAUUUUUAAUGGACAUUCUUGAUUUCCUGCAUUCUGCCUAUUGAUUUCCUUUUUUUCCUUCUUGAUCAGAUCCAUGAGGUAGAGAUGCCAGGCAAGGCUACCCAAAAUCUCACACCACUUUUUGUUUCCCCCCCCCACACAAAGCAUAUUUUACCCUGACUCCUGUGAUGACAGGCUCCAAUCCUUUUACCACCCCAGUAUAUUUCAUAGGGUCUGACUUAUCACCCCAAACAUCCUCUCUUCCUUCUUCUCAUCCAAUGACCUUCCUCAACCUGUACUUUGUGGAAAACCUUUGUCAGGCAGGUAAUAUGGACCCCAAAGGCAGAGAAGAAUCGCAUCUUCUUGUUGCGUUCGUUUCUGUUUAGAGGAACCGCUCUUGCCUGUUCCUGCAGUAUUUACACACAUCUCUACCUGUCAUAACGUUUGAGGUUCAUCUUGUUUCUCGACUGGAGUUGACAGAUUCUCUGUCCUGCGUUAUCUGUUUUAACUUAUAUGAUGUAGCUUUCAGCAGGCGACAGCAACUCUCAUUUACAUGUGUUCAACGUUUGACUUUUGUUUUUUUUAAAUGGAUAUAAGGUGCGGUGAAUUGAAAUGCAAUAUUGAGCAACAAAUACAUAGGAAGAUGUAUAGUCACCUCAUGUAAAUGUUCCAUUUGCUUGCUUAAUGGUCUUAAUGAUCUGUAAUAGGAAUACAUGAUUUGGGAAAACAGGUUACUGUCGGUUGGUAACAGUGCAGCAAUAAUUGUGAAUGGUAAUUUCCCCUGAGAAAAACGUAAAGUUACUGCUUCAGCUGUUAGAGUUUUAUCAGCAGUUGCAAUCCUCAGCGAGGUAGAUUGUGGCAAAGAAUUCUACAUAAGUGUGAACUUAACUUUCUUAAGGAGCCACCGUCAAGCAACCCGGGGAAUGCAUCAGUUCAUAUAGUUUUAGCUUCACCAGCAUUUACCAGGUUGUCUCAGACAACACCUCGUGUGCCAUUCUGUUACAUUUCAAUACAUGCACCGCAGUAAUUGGUCGAUAUCCCUGCAACGCUGCAAGACGGGGUUGCACAGAAAGAAAUGUGUUGAAGUAAAGUGGAGAUAGUUUUAGAUCCUGGGAUUGGGACUUGGUUUGCAGAGUUUGCAAGUCAACAGAGGCGUUUCUAAGCUCAGUUCCUCUCCAUAUCAUUUUAAAGUCGAUUGAUUGCUAUCAUGGUGAAAAAGGUUGUUCACAGCGUUUUGAAAAGUACACAGUGCUUCCCAUGUCACUUUAAACAGACAUCUUGAAUAGGUAUGCUUGUUGCUGCUGUUCCUGUCCUUUCUUUAACCCAUUUAUUGAUCCACUCUGUUUACGUUGUCGUUGUUUUCAAGCCACAUCAUGAAUGAUCUCUUAAUAACAUGAUUGACCUUUAGAAGCCCCAGAAUAGACCCUGUUUGUUUGCUCGUGUAUGUGUUUAGACCCAGGCCUGAACUUUAAGCUAACAAACACCCGCCGUCUGACCGCUGUCUCUCUCUCUCUCUCUCUUUCCGCCCUCAACAGCAAUGUCACUGCAUGACUGGCACACCAAUGAACUCACCAAGCGUUGAGUGGCCCGGCCCGGCCUGUCUUUGGCCCACGCUGGCCCCCGGGAUGGGCUAUACUGUGGCACACGAUGCAUGAGCUACCUGCCUGCCUGCCUACUGUUGCAUGACUUUGCAUUGACUCGAGUCUGCGAAUAAGCAGUACAUCAGUAACAACAGCAUGAGCACUAACAACCCCUCUGCAGUGUCAUGCAUUGUUACCCCCAGACAAGUCCAAGGAGGCCAGAAACUAAACCCCUUUCCCACCCUCCCAGCUCCUUACUCCUCAUGUCCUCUUGCUCUUUCUUACCCUCUUCAUUCCCCUUCUCUCCUCCCCUCCCUCCACUCACUCUUCAUGGACGUGCCUGCUUGUGCUUCCACACCGCAUCAAGUCUGUUACACUUCAGUUUAUGUUACAAACACCAAGGACAGGCGCAGAAUAUAACAGCGUAGUCUGUCAAUCAAGCAGUUGAUCUAUUACUAGGCCUUUUCUGUCAUGUGUGACUUGACGAUUGGCCGGCUGCCUCAGUAUACCUCAAUGACAUAUUUCAACAUAUCUGUUUCUUUUUACAUGGGAGAGAAAUAUUUGAGAGGUGUUGCCUACAAAUCUACAUAACAAAAAACACUCCUUUUAAACUUCUAGAUGUUUAUUUCCUGCAAUUGGUUUGCCCAGCCUCUCCUCAACAUGUUGCUAGAUGGCAUCUUAGAAGUGGUUUUACCUCAAGUAUUAGUACAACAAGGAGAGCGUACGGGGCAUUACUGUGGCGCCCUGUAAGCUUUUGGACAGAUUGCAGUAGGAGCAUAGGAUGGCAAAAUAAGUGUUUUAAAAUGAAUAACAUUGUUACAGAUACGCUUCUAUACGGGAUAAAAGCCCCCAUUAAGCCUACUUACAACUUCUCUUUUAGUGGAAUUUAAUGUCCGCAUAGUAUCUAUUUCUCCAUUAAACUGUACAUUAGCUCAUGCAGGCUAAUGUACAGUGCGUUCAAUUUGUUGGCUGGAAAUGACUAACUAUUUCAUAAACGUAGAAAGGGAAACCACUGCAACAAUCUCAAAGGAUCCUGCUGAUCACAGAUCAAACCUUUAUUUAGUACAUUUAAGGCAAUUCAUAGUAAUCCUGCAUUCCUUCUACAGUGUUUUGUUAAUGCAACUUAACAGAUUUUUUUUUUGGGGGGGGGUUUAAGGAAGUUGUUGAGUGCUUGCACAUGCAGUUUACAAAAUGAGUUAUACAAGACACACAUGAUAGUAUCAGUAAUAAGGAACCUAAACUUGGUGUUACAAGUCAUACUGAACAUUGUGUGUAGCUUUUUUUUUUUUUAAUUAUGUCUUAUUUAAAUUUUACUUUCAGAGCGUAUUAUAGGUAUGUUGACAAUUAGGGAGAGAGAAACUAAAUAAAAGAAACACCUGGAGCUAAGGAUAUAUGCAUAUUAAAGGCAUAAGUGCAUAUAUUCUUCAAAAGAGACAGAUGGUUGAAUCCUCCAAUUUUAGUGCCUUUAAAAUAUGAUAUAAAAAAACAAGACUGGCUGGUCUUUUUAUGACUAAAGACAGCAAGGCAUACCACCUUUUUAAAGACCAGUUUUUAAUUGUGUUAUUUGAAAAAAUAAAAACCAGUCUAAAAUGAGAUUUAAUCUCAUACAUGAUACAUUUCUUGACAAAAAGCUUAUAGUCAAAUUAAGUAGGCUUGAUGAGGACUUUUCUUCUCUGUAUUUUGAUCUAUUUUACUCAUAAAUGUGUUAUUGUGUAACCUUGGUUUAAUUCAUGCCGUGCAUUUUUAUCUUAAUUGCUUAUUUAUUCUUUCGGCGCUUGUACAGCAGUAUUGUUACAUUUUUUAAAAUAUCAGUAGUAUUAUUACAUCACAACUUGUACUGUUACAAUGGAGUUGAAGUUUCCUUUCAACAUCGAGAUACUGUUACAUACUUGUCUUAUGCAACAAAAGGAGGCGAUGGUUCAAAAUAGUGUAGUGUUUAGUCUCCAUCUAAUGACAAUUACACAAAGGUUAUUAUAUUAACAGUGUCAUCUGAGUGUUAGUGUUAAAUGGAGAAAACUGCAAGGUUCCAUUUCCCUCCAGUCUUUUUAGGAGUUUCGUAGAAAAAAAUGUUUUCUCAUCAACAAAAGAAAGCACAUUUUUACACUUUUUAUUUACCCAAUUGUUGGUGAAUUUAUUGUGAUCCUACAAAUGAUCAUAUUUCCUAGUGUUUUUAGCGACAGCAACAAAGAGGGGGGCCACGUCUGUGGGAAAAGGCUCAUUAGCUGUUAGGCAUGCAUGUGUAAUUGCAUUAAAACUGAAGUUGGCUCAGAUGUUUGAUUAACUUAUCUUGAUCCAAUUAGAUUCUGCAUUUGGCCAUCAAAUAAAUUAGUUUUCCAGAAGUGAGCGGUGAAAUAACAUUUGCAGUAUGAAUUCAGUUGCAAAGUAAAGGCGGAUUGUUUGGUCUAGUUCUUUAUUUGUUUCUGUCCAAAUCUGUGUUUUAGAAACCACUUGCCAGUAACAUCCAGCUGUAAGUUAUAUUACACAGAACUCUUUUAACCGUCCAUCCUCAUGAGUCAUUGUAUUGGUAAGAAAUCUGUAUAUAAUGGAACACAUCCACACUGUGGUCGACCUGUUUAAAAUCAUAUCAGGGAUGUUGAGGAAACAUUUUCUGUUAUUUAUUGUCCCCUAAGAGAAAGCGUAUGAUGUUGUCUUCUUUAAUCCCCCACCAAGUCAGCCACUGUAAUUUGUCGUUAUAUGUGUCUGUGUAUAUACUUAAUAUUACUGGAAAAUAAUGAGAUACUGGGGGAGAGAUAAUCACAGUAAUAUAACCUGAGAAAAAACAGCUAGUUUGCGCAAUUCUCAGGCCGUAUUAAAGGCAAUUUCUUGUCAAUACAGAAAGAAAAGUGACAUCUUCAUGUACUGUUAAAUGCUAUAACCCAAAAUCAAAUCCUAAUAUUCAUUUUGAGGUCAAAAUAUUCUGCAGACUGCAGUAUUCUUUAAAAAACCCAGUCAUCAUGUGGUGUAUUAUUACACGCCGAAGCUAAAAAUGAGUACCCAGUUUUCCCUAGCAUUACCUGACUGCUAAUUGCGCUGUCAAAAGUGUAUUAGAGAGAUGAAACAAACAGCACAAGGCUGUCAACAGGUCAGAAUCGUAUCACUACGCGUGCAAUGUUUGCAGUAUUUUUUUACUCAUUGGAAAACUUUUCUUUACAUAUUGAAGUAGCAAAUAACCUUCCAUUUGCCAAGUUUUAUAUUGCUUGUAUACAAACACUAUGUACAUACUAAAUGUGGCAGUGCUAGAGGAGGUGUCUGGCUGUUUGAGAGUGAGAACAUAAAACUCGUGUCAAGUUAGAUGGAUUUCAUAUAGCAUCUGUCUGAUUAGGACCUAUUGAUGAAAAAUGUGCUUCCUACACUGCAAAACUUGGAAAAUGACAUUGUAAAUAAAGCUUGUAUA